GUGGAAGAGGUCGUUCGGUGAGUUCGUUUUUGGAAAUAGUGUGACUGUGUCACAAAUGUGACAAGCACCGCCGCGCGCUGUGCUUGCAGGUUCUUUGCGUCUUUAUCCUUCCCUUCCUCAGCAAUGGCGCAAUGGGGUCAAGGCCAGCCUGGAUUCCAGUAUCCCAUGCAGACUGGAUACCAGCCAACGAACCCUCAAUUCCAGCAGAACCCGCAAUUUCAGCAGCCUAAUCAGCAGCCGUUCCAGCAAAACCCGCAGUUCCAGCAACCCCCUUCUCAGUUCCAGCCUGGUUAUGGACAACAGUCAAGCGGCAUACUGCCACAGAGGACGGGAUAUCCUGGACCUCAGGGUAUGCAGCCUCAGCAGACGGGUUUUCCUGGGAAUGGCCUUAUGCAGACUCAGCCGACAGGAUAUCCUGGACCAGGAAGCAAUUUCUCGUCAGGUCUUCGACCAGCUCCGCCACCACCUGUUCCGCCCAUACCUCCUCAGUAUCAGCCGAAUCAGAGCAGCUUUCUACAGCCACAGCAGCAGCAGCAAAAUCGUGGCUUUCUGAGCCCGUCGCCUGGGAUGGGAGGUCCUGGCUUGUCUGCUAUCCAGCCCCAGCAAACGGGUUUCCCUGCUGCGCGUCCUCUGGUGCCACAGGUCACAGGAUAUAUGGAUCCACGCUUGCAAAUGAUGUCUAGCACGUUCUUGCCGAUGAAUCCAUCUACUCCGUAUAGCGCCGGUGGUGCCCCUCAGCUACCGUCACAGAUACUGCCAGGAGGUUUAUCCCUGCAGCAGUCGUUCCAACAGCACAAUCAAGAGGUGAAAGGCACUGCUGCCCCUCGAGUCCCAUGGGCACUGUCAAAGCAAGAAAAGAAGAAUUACGACAAUAUCUUCCGGGCUUGGGAUACACAUGGUGAUGGCUUUAUCAGUGGGCAGACGGCGUUGGAUGUAUUUGGGCAGAGUGGACUUUCAAAAGAUGAUCUUGCCCGAAUAUGGACCCUGGCCGACGUUGACGACCGAGGAAAACUGAAUAAGGCAGAAUUCCAUGUCGCAAUGGGUCUCAUCUAUCGAAAGUUAAAUGGAAAUGAAAUUCCUGAACAGCUUCCUCCUGAACUCGUUCCGCCUUCCCAUCGUGAUCUCGAUAGUUCUGUUGAUUUCCUCAAGGGGGUGCUAAAAAACGAGACUCGAUCACGAUCUCCAAGCAGCAUCGACUUGCCUGUAUCGCGGCUGAAGGACCGCUCAUUUACCGGCUCUUCUGCCCUUGAUUCUGGUAGGGAUGCAACUAUCUACAGACACUCAGACAACGAGUCUCCCGGCGGCGUUUAUCACCCACGUAGCCGCCACAUAAACCGUGAUAACGUUAGGUCACGAAAUGACACUGGUCCAUCGGCUGACCUUGCCGAUGUAAAGAACAUGCUCGCAAACACUGCGCAGAUGCUUGAUCGUGCGGCCGAAGCUGAUUCGGCCAGGACGGCGGAAGAUGAGGCUCUGGACAGAGAAAUGGAGGAUCUGAAAUACCGUGUUAAGAGGGUGGGAGAUGAUCUCGAUUACGUUUCGCGCGGACCAAGGACCGCUGCUAAGGAUGAGGAAAGGAGAAAACUGGAAAGGGAGUUGUUAUCGUUAAUGCAUGAAAGAGUACCAGAAGUCGAGAGAAAGAUCAAGGCACGGGACGAGCGCAAAGAAAGAGAGAAGCGACAAUGGGCGCGAGAUCGAGACGAUUUGAAUCGGAAGUUUGGUCGAUACGACGACAAAGAUGAUUCAUAUUCUUCGUCUCGGAGGUAUGACGAUGAUCGCGAUCGUCCAUAUUCUCGUGGCUCGUAUAGGCGGGAUUACGAAGAUGACUAUCGGCGUCGGACGCCCUCGCCUCGCGAUGGGAGAGAUAGGGAUUACGACCGUCCUCGCACUCCAGCUGCUGCUGCUGCUGCUGCUCGUUCGCCUUCUCCUGCUACUCCAUCUGUAACGGUCACCAGCUUACCUUCGGCUGCCAGGGCGCCACCAUCGCCUGCUCCAGCGAAGAAGAACAUGACUCCGGAGGAGCGCCAAGCCUUCGCCCGUGCUGAAGCUCAACGGCGCAUUGAAGCGCGCAAAGCUGCCUUGGGUCUUGUAGCAACUCCGUCUCCUGCUCCAAUCGAUACCACUGUGGAAGACCGACUACAACAAGAGAAGAAAGAAGCCGAGGAGAAGGCCAGAGCUGCGGAGAAGGAGGCAGAAGAAAGAGAAAAUUUGCGCAAGGAACGUCUUCAGCGUGAAAAGGCUUUGAAGGAGGAAGCCUCGGCUCCUGCGCCGCCUGUUGUUUCUCCUCCUGCCGCUAAAGCCCCUCCCCCACCACCGACGCGUGCGAAAGUUGCGCCGCCUGCGCCUAAACCCAGAGGUACUGCCCCCGCCCCGCCCCCUCCACGAGCUCCGGCGGCUCGUCCACCUGCUCCCGUAAUCAUCCCUCCUGCACCUGCACCACCACUCCCUCCUGCAGUUCCCGAGGUUGACCCAGAAGAGGAAGCUUUCCGUGCUCGUGAGGAGGCUAUCAAGAAGCAGCGCGAAGCGCGCGCUGCGAGGCUGAGACAACUUGAGCAGGAGGAGGAAGAAGCUCGACUGGAAGAAGAAAGAUACCAAGCUAAACUUCAAGCUUUCAAGAAUAAGCCAGCGCCGUCGCCAGUAGUUGCGACACCUCCUCCUGCACCUCCUGCACCCGCACCUCCAGCGCCCCCAGCGCCCCCGGCACCUCCCGUUGUCUCUCCGCCUGCCACGUUCGCUGGUCCUUCUACCCCGGCGGUUCAAACUCCCGCUGAAAAGCCUGAUACUAAUCCUUUCAGCCGUCUCAUAAAAGGAGGUGGCGCAACUGCGGCAGCAUCCCCAGCGACAACGAGUUCUGGUAGCAAUCCAUGGGGCCAGCCCGCCGCCUCUGUCAGUCCUCCUGUGGUAGUCCCGACGCCGCCGCCUGCAGUUCGCUCUCCCAGAAGUCCCGGCCCGGUCCCAGUCAAAACGCCUUACAACACCGCACCUCCAAGUACUUCUUCCAUUGGCGAUGAUUGGGAUGUCAUUAAAGAAAACUCGGACAGCGACGACGACAGUAGCGAUGACGAAAUUACCAAGUCUCGGAGUGCGAGGAAUGAUAUCGCUAGUAAAUUGUUUGGCAGUUUGCUUCCUAGGCCUCAAUCGGCAGCUGCUAGUCCCGAUUCAGGCCCAGCAUCGUCCCCAUCAUCUCCAGCUCCCGAUCGGGGUGUUACGUCUCCGCCUGCACCUCCGCCUCCAGGCCCGCCGCCUCCGCCUGCACCGCCAGCUGCGCCUGCCGCUCCUCCUCCUCCCGCGGCUGCCGCUCCAUCCUCGGGUCCAGGCGACGUCGGCGCCCUCAUGCGCUCCAUCCAGGGUGGGAGGAAGCUUCGAGCGACGAAGACGGUGGACAAGAGUGGACCACCAGUUGCUGGUAGGGUCAUUGGUGAUUCAGCUCCUCCUUCGCACAUCAACACUGUUGUACGAGCACCGUCUCCGCCUCGUAUCAAUACUUCUCUUCCUGCAGCUGUACCUGCAUCCACUCCUAUGGAUCCUGAGCUGUCGGGUCAGUCUAAUCGACAGUCCGUCGAUUGGUAUGCCGGUCUUGCGACUGAGGCAGGAAACCCAGCCGAACACCUUCCUGCGACGCGCGAAGAAGAUGAGAUCGACGUAGCACCUCCCACUCCUGUGCCUGUUAUCCAGGUCGAAGACGAUCCGCUGGCAGAUAUUGACAAGUCCCAAGAGCUUCGUGUUCGAACAUUGUAUGCAUACGUUGCGGAUGGUCCGGAUGAUUUAAGUUUCGAUGAGAAUGUUAUUCUGAAGGCUAAUCCUUCAAAGACUGAUGGUGACUGGUGGUUCGGCACCAUCGUGACCACUGGGAAGUCAGGUCUGUUCCCUCGUACCUACGUUGAGCCGACGAAGUUCGUCACAGCCAAAGCUUUAUACACGUAUACAGGCAAUGGCUCUGAUGAGCUAUCCUUUUCUGAAGGAGACAUGAUUAACGUUGUCGACGACAGUGAAGAUGUAUGGUGGAAGGUGGAACACGAUGGCACGGUGUUCCUUGCACCCGCUGAUUACCUAGAGGUCGCUGAGGAUCCUGAUCGUACUCUGAUUGCACCGGUCUCCGACAUCGCGGCCGUUCAAAGCUCAGUUGAAGUGAAAACCAGCCAGCCGAAACUUGAUUCUACGGGCGAUCUUGGGACUGAUACGAGUGGCGACGAUACUGACACUAAUACUGAGGCCGAAGGUUCCGACUACUUAUCAUUCGACGAAAGCGACAUAGAAGACACCUAUCCUGAAACCAAGGCUGAACGCGAAGCCCGUGAACACGAACGACAACUGGUCUUAGAAGCUGCUGGUCUCAUUGUCAAACAGGAUGUGAAACCUCCUCCGAGACCUCCCCGAAAACCAAAGUCUGGCAAACGUAGACCUCCUCCUCUUGCUCCUGAACGCUUGUCUACCAACACGUCGACGUCUUCGCUGAAGGACCUUCCGCCCGUCCCACCUACCGAAUCAGAGACGUCGGCGCAUCUCAAUGAUGCGUUCGAUAGAUACGAGGCAUUUCGGUACACCCACGCUGAUGCUAAUAGGAUGUCGGUAGCCUCCAUGGAUUCAGCUCCUCCAAGCUCGCCUACGAUCUCCACUAUCUCGCAGACACCCUCGAAAGAAGGAGAGAGUCGAUACUCCAGCAUCAUGCACUUUUUGGGACGCAAGUCGCCAGAAACGGAGAAGCGUUUGGUGAUAUCAGCUCCGAUACUCAAUUCCCCCGAAACCGAGUUCAGCAGGUCUGCUAGUCCGGCGUUUGGAAGUUCAUGGGCCAGUCUUGUGGAUAAAUCUGCACUUGAAGGGAUUCCAUCAAAGGAACGACGCCGACAGGAGGCUAUAUUUGAACUCAUUGCAACAGAGACUGCAUAUGUACAUGAUCUGCAGCUCAUCGUCGAGCACUUCUAUUCGAACGUGCUAUCACUCCUGGAUAUGAAGGCAGUAACGGUAGUUUUUGCGAACGUGGAAGACAUUUUGAUAAUCAACACGACAUUCAUGAGUGCUCUGGAGGAGCGUCAGAAAGAUUGUCGGUUGUACAUCGAUAAAAUUGGAGACGUUUUGCAGAGUCAUAUGUCAAAUAUGGCCGUGUAUAUGGAAUACUGCGUCAACCAAUCGAAUGCCAUCAAAGUGUUGCAGUCAUUGCGCGAUUCAAGACCUGACCUUGCUGCUCAGUUACAGCGCCUUCGAGACGAUCCUGCGGCUCGCAGCCUCGACCUGUCAAGUUAUCUGCUCAUACCCAUGCAGCGAAUAACGCGGUAUCCGCUUCUUGUCAAGCAAAUCCUUCAUUAUACCGAGCCCGGCGGAGACGAACAUAUAGCAAUCACUGAAUCCUUGAGGGCUGCAGAGAGGAUCUUAGCUCACAUCAACGAAACCAUCCGCGAGCAGGAGGGCCGCGAGACGCUUAGGGAGAUUUCUCAGCACUUGUGGAUUGGCCAAGGUAGUCGGCUGGAUUUGACGGCUCCCACUCGGUAUAUGGGUGCACGAAUACUCCUCAAGGAUGGGAUUCUGUGUAAAGCCAAAAGCGGUCGGAGAUUACACGCGUUUCUGUGUAGUGAUACGUUGGUAUUGACCGACGCGACGGCAAAAAACUUGUAUCGGAUGCCCAUAUCGCUAUCAGAAGCGCGACUGAAAGAUGGAAACGAUGAUUUUUGUUUCCAGAUCGCAUUGCCAUAUCCUCGAGGUGGGGAGGCCGUUGGACUCCGAGCGUCAUCAGUUCGUGAAUGCCAAUUAUGGAUGCAGGCAAUCGAGUCGGCUAGCCGAAAGUGCCUUGAAGCGGAAAAAAGAGCGUCUCGUAGAAUCAGCAAGGCGCAUUGAGGAAGCACGUACAUUAAAGCUAUCUACUAAUUUGAACUGGAACUUUUGGAAUGGACAUUUUCAAGCUACUACUACCUGUAUAUACCAAACUCUCGUUUUACUU